AUGUGGGAAUGCUGCGGGGCCCCCCGCCGGGAAGGGAGGCGGGGGAGCGCCCGCCGGGGGGCAGGCGUCGUGCCCUUCGUGGCCCUGCUCCUGCUGCAGCGGCGGCCCGUGGCCGGCCGGGCGCUGCUGGUGACCGGCUCCGGCUGCCCCAGCCACGGCUUGUGCCGCUCCAACGUGCAGGAGCAGACCCGCAGGCAGGUGGCCGUGCUCAACGCCACCGCCCAGGAGCUCUUCAGCCUCUAUCUGAAGUGCCAGGGAGAGCCGUUCAGCAGCGAGAGUGACAAGCUCUGCAACCCCGCUGGCAUCUUCUUCCCCGCUUUCCGCGUCAACCGGACGAGCGAGAGGAAGGAAGUGAUGGUGGCCAUGUACAAACUCUUCGCCUUCCUCAACGCCUCGCUGGGCAACAUCACACGAGACCAGGAGGAGCUCAACCCCAUGGCCAAAGAGCUCCUGGAGCGGCUCCACAACACCACCAAGACCACCCGAGGCCUCAUCUCCAACCUCACUUGCCUCCUCUGCAAGAACUACAACAUCUUCCAGGUGGACGUCAGGUACGGGGACAGCUCCAAGGGCAAGAGCGCCUUCAAGAAGAAGCAGCAGGGCUGCCAGGUGCUCAGGAAGUACGUGCAGGUCAUCGGCCAGGCAGCGCGUGUCCUCCUACCUCAUCUCAGCCCCACAUGA